AUGGAAGAAAUAGUUACUUAUAUCGGCGGUGGACUUGCUGACGAUAAGAAUGGUGAAAAUUCUGUCGGAUUUAGCACAUCAAUCCACUCUAACACUUUUUCUUACGCUUACAAGUUUGCCAAUGCACAUCUUAAUGGGGUAGUAUCUACUGGGUUUAUGAAUGGUGAUAAUGACAAAGUUUUCGUUGCUACUAAAAAUAAGGCGUUAAUUCAAGUCUAUGUUCAUGGGAAGGAAGCUCCAAUUCAAAAAAUUCCAAUUCCGGAACAAUUAUCUUGUCUAGCUUUGACCCAUCACAACAUGAAGUCUAUUGACCAAGGUCUGGAACAUGAUGAUACGAAAACCGAACUACAAUUACCUUGGCUUUUGAUUGGGGGAAGUAUUACAGGUAAAUUAUAUGUGUGGGAAGUGUGCUCGGGAAAUUUGUUGUUCAAUAAGUCAGUUCAUUACCAAAAGAUCAACAAGAUUGAAUUCUCCAAUAACAAUAAUUUCUUGGUCACAAGUUCUGAUGAUUCUAGAGUGUUAGUUUUCAGAGUCUUGGAACUAAUUAGCAACAGCCCUACUAUCAAGCCAUUACACGCUAUUACUGAUCAUACAUUGCCUGUGACGGACUUUUUGAUCACUUCAGGAAUCAACAACGAUUUGAGAUUAGUGACCGCGUCCGCCGAUUCCACUUGCAGAGUUUAUGAUUUGAACACACUGAAACUUCAAAUGACAUUGGUCCUGCUUUUCCCAGUGUGUAGCAUUGCCAGCGAUCCAGCUUUUAGAACACUAUAUUUGGGUUUAGAUAACGGGUCGAUAAGACAGGUGAACUUAUUUGAAAUAGACUCCACAAAGAAACUUCGUUUCAUUGGUGAAAAGUCAAGAAUUGUCACUCUUGAGGAUGACCCAGAACUCAAGUGGAGUUUCAUGGCCCACCAACAACAAGAAAACUCUUCCAACACCCUCAAAAUAACCUCAUUGGACGUUUCUUUUGACGGAACUUUGUUGGUGUCAGGAGACUCAGAUGGUAAGGUCCUCGUUUGCGACAUUGUGACCAAGCAGAGCUUAAAGUCCCUUAAACCGGUGAAUGGUAUGGUAACGUACUUGAAGAUCUCUCCUACAUUGUCUAAAAACUUUAACGAGUCGGAGAACAUUUUGGGUACAAAGAAAGCCAAUAAUUACCGCAAAGUCCCACAAUUAAAAAGAACUUUGGCUGAUUCAAAUGAUUUCAAUAAUCAUGAGUUAUCCAUGCAGAUACCAGAGAACGAUUAUCAUUACAAUAUUCUUAAUAACAACCACAAGAUGGACUAUGAUUUCGAUGAAUAUUUGGCACAAGUUGCAGCACAGGAGCUGAAUUUCAAAGCCUCUCCAAUGAAUGCUGGGAAAGAUGAAUCACCACAAUUACAAGAAAAGCUUGACAAAGUCAAUGAAGCGUAUUCUGAGCUCAAGAAAAUUCACGAGGAAUUAUUUGAGGAACAUACAAAACUAGUAAACCAGUAA